UGAGGCAAAAAUAAGCGUGUGUGGUUUAUAGCAUUUCAAAUGAAACAUGUUCCGAACUGAAUGAGGAAGCGAAAGCUUUUCAGGAAUUUCCCAAGCAGAUUGGUUUGGGCGGAGCACGUCAGCGAGGUCCAGAGUUUUUGAGAGAGAGAGAGGGGGCCUCAGACAUACCCACAGAUACAGCAGCAGCGUCUCUUACACUAUGAACAACCUUCGAGUGAAAGUGAACUGCGCAAGGCUCUUCGCUGCCGGCGGCUUGUUUUUCUUCUUUGUAACUUCGUGCACCAACUAUUGGCUGCAUGCUGUGACCUACCCGAGCCUGAACACCACUGAGCUGGAGCAGCUUCCCAAUUCAACUGGAACUAACCAGCAAUAUGUCAGAGGAAAAGGGUAUUCAGUUGGAUCGAAUGAAAACACUUUCACUGAGAAUUCAGCCAGAACAAAUCAACCACUUGCCCAUAAACAGCCUCUUAAAGGCCGAAGACGAUUCAAUAGAAACAGAAUCUUAGCUGUGAAACAGUCGAAUCUGAUUUAUUAUCAUGAAGGGUUCUUCUGGAAAUGCUGGUUUACUGACCAAUGGACAGAAGAUACAAUUUUGAAAUUUAUCUUCAUUAACCAACCACCUUCAAAGUGCUGUGUCCAUGCUUAUUCUUCCCCGUUUCCAAGCACCAAUGGGGAAACCUCCAUCGAAUUUAAAUCUGCAAUAGUUUAUCGUCAAUGGUGGAGUGCACUCAUGUUCUUGGCAGUGAUAGUUAUUACAAUUGGAUCUGUUGCCAUCAUUUUUAAAAUAUUUACGAACAAUCAUGAGAAGAAUAAAAUUGUGGGAGGCUUAAUGUUUCUGUCUGGUGGUCUUUACAUUGCGUCUAUUAUCAUGUAUGUCUGCUGGAUAUCAGCUGUAUAUCAAAUGGUGAACCAAGACGUUACGCUUCUAAAUGUUGAUGAGACGGUAGUGACAUACGGUUGGUCUUUCAUGGCAGCUCCUGUUGGAAUACUGCUGUCUUUGAUUUCAAGCUUGUUGUUCUGUAAUAUAUCUGGUAAUGCGAGCAAUAGAAAGGACAUAAUAUGAAUUAAAAUUUUGAUUGGUAAGUUCAAUUAAGUGCACAGGCAAUAACAAAAUCUGAGAUGUAUCAAUGUAUUUUAUCCUGUCAAGAUAUCAAAAUACUCUGCUUGUAUUCAAUAAUAAUUCUUGCUAUGUAGCUUUAGAAUUUUAUCUCAACAUCUUUCGUUUUGAAUGCUUUAGUAUGGUAAAAAUGAGAUGAAAUGGUUUAAAUAAAAAAUAAAUGUGAGAGUACCCAUGGAAGGGACUUUAGCUGUAGGAGAUAGUCUUUGGCAAAAACUUUGAUCAAGAGUUAGAGAGCCUGUAGAGUUUUAGGAUAGGAAGGCAAGUCAAGGCAAUAACAUUGCAAUUGUCAGUGACAGCCAUUAUUUUACACUAUACCUCGACUCAAAUCUUUCAUUCUAUUACAGCUGUUUACGUCACAAACUAUUUACAGUCAAUUCUGGUCCCAGAUCCAGAUUUAUGGUGGAGAGUCUGAUCACAGAAGAGAGAUGACCCCUGGAGCAGGACUAAUAGUGAUAGAAAGACAAGUAGAGGCGGUGGGUAACAUGACUAGACCACAUGAUAGAGCAAGAACUUCAGAACAAUUAUGAACCUUCUUAGAAAAGUAAAAGCUGUUAUGAGCAUGAAGCUUUGUUAGCUGCAGCCAAAUUAGAAUACCUUUUAAUGAGAAAAAACAAAGUGAUAUAGUAGGAUAGCUGAAAAGAAUUAGUCACCUUUCUCCUCCAUACCAGAUGGUGACAGCCAAACUUAUCAUAUCCGACAAGCCAUACAGGGAUAAAGUAAAACUCAUGGCUGGGUUUUGAAGAGUCUUACAGAUCAAGAUGUUAGAGUUAAUCCCCAUACAAGGAGAAGUGAUCUUCUUUUGGCCAGCCAUGGGAAUAUGGGUCAAUCAACACUGAGGUAACAUUUGUGCAGAAUAAAAAAGAAAUCAAAGAAUGGUUUUGGAAGCCACCUGAAGCAAACAAUAUGGAAGAGAAGCUUUGAAAAUAAACAAUUGUAUUUAUGAAUUGAAUUGAAAUAACUUUAUUGUCACAUACGGAAAUUGAAUGAUGCACCAAAGGUAAGGUGUUUCCCAGAGAGGUCUGUCUUGUUGAAAGUAGGCUGUCAUCAACUAAAAACUAUCACAAUGGAAAACCCUCCAACAAGUCGUGGGCGGCACAGUGGCCCAGGGGUUAGCACUGCUGCCGUACAGUGCCAGAGACCUGGGUUCAAUUCCCACCUCAGGCAACUGUCUGUGUAGAGUUUGCACAUUUUCCCCGUGUCUGCAUGGGUUUCCUCCAGUGCUCUGGUUUCCUCCCAUUGUCCAAAAAAUGUGCAGGUUAUGUGAAUUGCUAAAUUGCCCAUAGUGUUAGGUGAAGUGGUAAAUGUAGGAGAAUGGGUCUGGGUGGGUUGCUCUUAGGAGGGUCGGUCUCCACACUGUAACUAAUCUAAUCUAAUCAAGUUGAUGGGAAGGUUUUAUGAUAGUUAUGCAGUUUGUUCAAGACAUCAAAGAAGAAUUUAAGAUCUGAAGUCAGGCUUAUCAGAGAAUCUCUACAGUGUGGGAACAGGUCAUUUUGGCCAAACAAGUCCACACUAACUCUCUGAAGAGUAACACACACGUACACAUUCCCUAACCAAUGCACGUAACCUACACAUCCCUGAACAAGUUUUUAAGCACAUCCAAUUCACCUAACAUACACAUCUUUGCACUGUGGGAGGAAACCAGAACACCCAAAGGAAAUCCACGCAGACGUGGGAAGAACGUAUAAACUUUACCCAGACAACUGCCCAAGGCAGGAAUCGAACCUGGGUCCCUAGCACUAUGUGGUAGCAGUGUUAACCACUGAGCCACCAUGCCGCUUCAAGAGCCUUUAUAUAUACAGGUUAGAGUAUUAAUCAGAAUAGGUUAGGAAUAUCCUUGAAUCAACAAUAGUGUCUAGAAAGUGAUGCACAGCCCCUAAUAAAUGAUACUAAGUCAUUAAAGGAAGAAGACUUUGCAUCUAAUGAAGAAAGAAUUGCUAAGAAAUGUGAUUGGACAAUUAAAUUGGCUUUGUAUUUAGACAACCCAAUGCCAGUCAUGUUGAACUGAACUUAUCACUGUGAGAAAAUGAGCUGCAGUUGAGGAGCUCUUGAGCUUAUGCAAAACGUUAAAGAAAUUAAAUUUAGAGAAAUGCAUGUAUAGCUUUUGAACUUUAAAUGACACAUUGGGUAUUAAGCAAAUUACUGCAGAUGCUGGAAUCUGAAACCAAAAGAGAAAAUGCUGGAAAAUCUCAGCAGGUCUGGCAGCAUCUGU